GGGAGAAAGAAGGACCAGAAAUAAAGCAGCAGCAAAAAGAUGAGGAAAGAUACUUCAAACAUACAGACCUUCUUUUGCAAGGUGAUGUUGCUACCUAUCACUCUAGGCAAGAAGAAGCCCAUGCCAUCAGGAUCCCUGGCUCAGCUUGAUGAAGAGAGAACACCUGGGAUCAGAGACGUAAAUCCAAAGGCAGAGAACAAACAACCCUGAAGAAGCUGCUGGCUGCUUUCUAAGGGAGAGGGACUGACUAUGACCUAAUGCCUGGGAUGGCACAAUAAUGAGCUGUAGGAGGAAGGUAGAUUCUCUUUAGAGUAAACUAGCUCAAUAGUAAAGGACCUAAACUCAUCUAUUAAUGAACUCAUAUUUCAUAUAGUAACCACUGGCUGGGAAACUACAUCAAAGGCCAAAGGGAUCUGCCCUCAGGUCUUUUUCCUUCCUUCCUUCCUUUCAACCAAUGAAGACUAAAAGGCAAGCAAAACAUUUGCAAGAUCUUUGCCAGAGAAUUGGAAAUAUUGUGCCUUUCCUUGGGAUGAUUUCAUCCUGAUGGGCCACUUCAACGGAUGUACAAAACGUGACUUGGGUGAUGAGCACCCAGACAGGAGCCAGGACCGACUUGGUGCAUAGAGUUUACACAUGAAUCAUAAGAGAUGGCUUGAAUUGAAGGAGCUUGUCCACAUCCUUAGAAGACUAAUUUAGAAGAAGAGAUCUUGGAAGUUAGGUCUGGUGGGUUUUGCUAAAAAAUGCACACCUGUUGGUCCACACAUCUGCCUACCAGACCAACCAUCAGAAGAUUAGACCUGAUGCAAUGCAGCCUACCAGCUGCGAUUGUGUCUUUUUUGCUUUGCUAUGCAAUUCAAACUCUCAAUAAAGUCGAAAGAAAAAUGUUCUUCCCUGGACAAGACUAGAGCAUCAAAAGUAAAAAAGGACUGUGAACCUUAAAAACAAUGUGGAACAAUAUGAGGAGCUGAUUCCUGAGGCUACUUAUAAAGACAGAACUGAAAUUUUAAUUUCAUAGCAGAAAGGGCCGAAAGCUGAAAGGGUAUAAAAAUGUCCAACCAAUGGAAGGGGUGGAAAAUUAAAUUGGAAAGAAAAGCACUUAAUGUGUUCUGCUUCAGUAGAGUUAGGGCUAGUUAAAUGGACACUGGAUAAACUGAAUCAAUAGCGUAUUUAAGGGAGAAUACAUGUAAGCUGGAAAGUGACUGAGCCCCUGGGCUGUUGAGUUUGUUUGUACAGGACUCUCUGGGGAUUUUGUGCUGGUCUGUUCCUGUUAAAGGUAUUCUAUUUUAGGCUGAAAUUCAGAAAGGAUUGCUGGGGGGGGGGAAUGACUGUGGCAGUCAGUUUCAGACACCUGCCACAGAAUGCCUGACGUUUCUUAAUGAGAUUCUUAAGGAUGAUGGGAUCCCUCCCAAGAGCCAAGAGACUUUAGCACAACCCUGAAGGGGCUCUGCCUGGUGGUGAGUAAUUAAUGGACACCCGAUGUCUCAGUUGUAACCUCUGCAAGGACACGAGCUGAUGUCAUCACAAGCCCCCAUGAUAUGAUCUUGCCUUGGGAGGAAACAUGAUUUGGAACAACACAACCAUGGAUGGGGAAGGCAUGUUUGUGAAAAGGGAUUCCUGCUUUCGAAUCCUCACCGGAUGCUUCCUCUCCUUGCUGAUCCUUUCCACACUCCUAGGGAACACACUCGUCUGUGCUGCUGUCAUUAGGUUCCGCCACUUGAGGUCCAAGGUGACCAACUUUUUUGUGAUCUCUUUGGCAGUCUCAGACCUUUUAGUAGCAGUCCUGGUCAUGCCCUGGAAAGCUGUUGCUGAGAUAGCUGGAUUCUGGCCUUUUGGAUCGUUCUGCAACAUUUGGGUAGCCUUUGAUAUCAUGUGUUCCACAGCCUCAAUCUUAAAUCUGUGUGUCAUUAGCGUGGACAGAUACUGGGCCAUCUCCAGCCCUUUUAGGUAUGAAAGGAAAAUGACCCCGAGGGCAGCCUUCAUCAUGAUCAGUGUGGCAUGGACUUUGUCUGUGUUGAUCUCCUUCAUCCCAGUGCAGCUGAACUGGCACAAGGCUAAAACCACAAGCUUCUUAGACCUCAAUGCCACUUUCCAAGGUGUAGCCAUGGACAACUGUGAUUCCAGUUUAAACAGGAUGUAUGCCAUCUCUUCCUCUCUCAUUAGCUUUUACAUCCCAGUGGCCAUUAUGAUAGUCACAUAUACAAGGAUAUACAGGAUUGCUCAAAAACAAAUCAGACGCAUUUCAGCCUUGGAAAGAGCAGCCGUGCACGCUAAAAAUUGCCAAACUACUGCCGGCAAUGGAAGUAGUGUGGAAUGCCAGCAGCCGGAAAGUUCCUUCAAAAUGUCCUUCAAGAGAGAAACAAAAGUCUUAAAGACUUUGUCGGUGAUUAUGGGGGUGUUUGUAUGCUGCUGGCUACCCUUUUUCAUACUGAACUGCAUGGUGCCCUUCUGUGAGCCCAGUAUACCAUCCAGGGGAGCAGAGCCAUUUUGUAUUAGUUCUGCCACUUUUGACGUCUUUGUUUGGUUUGGAUGGGCCAAUUCUUCUCUGAACCCCAUCAUUUAUGCCUUCAAUGCAGAUUUCCGCAAGGCAUUUUCCACUCUUUUGGGAUGCCACAGACUCUGCCCUGCUUCCAUUAAUGCCAUAGAGACAGUUAGUAUCAACAACAAUGGGGGCAUAGCCUUUUCCAGUCAGCUUGAGCCUAGAGGCUCCAGCCCCAAAGAGUGUAAUUUGGUUUAUCUGAUCCCCCAUGCUGUUAUAUGCCCAGAAGACAAUGACAUUACAACAAAGGAAGAGGAGGGGGAACUGCCUAAAAUGUUGGAGAACAUGUCUCCUGCCCUAUCAGGUAUCUUGGAUUUUGAAGCUGAUGUAUCUUUGGAAAAGAUCAACCCCAUCACGCAAAAUGGUCAACAUAAAACCUGAGGUGUAAUGAGUUAGCCCAUCAAAAUGUAAAAAUGAAAGAUUUUCAAGGUGUUUCUUUUUUCUUUUUGUAAGAAAGUAUGCUAUCGUGUGAGUUAAAGUCAUCACACAAAAGCCCAGAGCUCAAUUAGCUGCUGUUGGAUAGAAACAUCAGAUUUAAAACAAAGAAUUCCAACUAACAUACAUUGUAUUUAGAGGUUGUUCUAUGUUGUUCAUCCUGAAUCUAAGUUUUAGAUACUGUGCAGCUGCAAAGGAAACUGAAAAUUAGCUUGUUAAAUGUUCGCAGAAACAGAACUGGGGGAAGCUAAUAAGUUUUACUUUAUGAACAAAAUGUAUUAAACUAAAUAUAAGGUUCCUGUUUGACUUGCAGAUUGUUUAUGGGUGUUUAUAGGUUGCAAGUAAAGUUUGGUGAAUUUUGCCAGAUUAGGUGGCUGCCUUUAUAAAUGAUUUCCGAACAUCAAUAGAGCCUUAUAACAAGAGUGGAAUAUUUUUAAUAGUAGGAAGACAAUGUGUCAGUACUGGCUUUAUUUAUUUAUUAUUUAAAUGGCUAUUUUUUCAUAUGUUGACAAAUCUAGCUUUAUUUAUCUUAUUUUAUAUAUAUCUAAAUAAUGGGAUAUUUCUGGGGUCUCAUUCACUGCAUUUUUGACCAGUUUACUAGUCAGCACUUUAUACAAAAACAAAACAAAGGAACAUUUUGAAAGUGAGCUUUGCUUGGAUAACUAUGUAACUUGUGGCUGUUCAAAAUGCAGCAAAAAACAGAGACUCAACAAAGUUGUGUGAUGACAAUGCAGGGCUUUUAUGAGGAUUUCUGCACCAAAAAUAUAGGACCAGAGUUGACUGAACGACAAGAUGCAAAAGCUGUGCCCUUAUAGAAACAAAACAAAUUGCUGCGAUUUAUUUUGAAGUUCCCUGUUAUGUUGACUUUGCUUGAAUGUCAGCAUGUGAAACUGUAUAUAGUAUAUCUUAUAUAUGAAUCCAACUUUAAAGAUGAAUUGAGCUAAGAAGAAAGCCAUCUUAGUUAACCAACGAUGAGUAUUUGCCAUUUUGUAAGAUAAGCCACACCCUCUUAGAUUUUUUUAAUGUCAGAUUUUGAAUAUCUUUUCUGGGGAAAACUUCUCCUCCCAUGAAUUUAAUGAAAUGGAGAAUAGAUCUAUCAAGAGCUAUUAUCCAUGACAGCUAAAUAGAGCCUCCAUUUUCAGAGGCAGUAUACCUCUAAUACCAGAUGCUGUUGAAAACCCAUUGGGGAAGGCUAUUGGUCUUGGGCCCAGCAUGUUUACUUGCUUGAGGCGUCUGGAUGGCCACAAAAUGCUGUACUAAGAUCCCCCAACCCUGGUCUGAUCUGCCAAGGUUUUCUUUGUUUUUAUGAAACUGGUAAUAAAUAAAGAGAGAAAUAAAUAUUGUUGCCAUCUGAAGCUGCAUGACCUCCUACUUCACCUCAUCCAGAAUGUCUGCAGUGAGAUACUGUAGCAGUGACAUUUAUUUUAGUUUUCGUGGUUGGCAGCCCUUUACAUAGUGCCUCAUUCCUUUUCCGGAUGCCGACACAGUGAAUGGAGCAGCAAAAUCCCCACUAUCCCAUGAGUUCCAAAAGAGUUGUCCAAGAUUUAUUUUUUAUUACCUUGAAACCAAAAUUCCUGCUAUAUUCCCUUAGUAAUAUAAAAUUUUAAAAAUGUUGCUAAUUUUACCAACAGUCACCAGCAUUAAUAUACCAACACAUUCCAAGAGAAUUAUGUGAGGAUUCUUUUUGAGCAGGUUGGGAUGGGAAUGUGCAAACUUUUGCAGAAACAUACUCCUCCUUAUAGCAUUCAACCAGAAGUGUCAUCAGCAAGAGGGGACUGGGUGAGGCAAAUUAGAAGCCUAAUGAAAAUAUACACCCUGAAUCAGGUCUGUGUUAUUUAAGUAUUGUGAAUGUUUUCAUAAUUCUAUUGCCUGUAAGCUGCUUUCAUACAUAUGAUAAAAAUUAUUUUGUGAAC